CUCUGUGAUGGUAAUGGCGAGCACGUUAUGUAACACACACUGAGAGAAAAUUUAUCUUCAGCACCCAAAAUACCCAAAGAUAUAUCUCGAAAUACUACAAUUGGUUACUUGUUAUGUCUAUCCAUUUAUAUUAUUUAAUUUUUAAUGAGGAAAAAGUCAAAGAGAAAAAGAAUUGAAUAGACUACUGUUGCUAAGUUAACAGCUGAUCAAUGUAAACUUGGCUGCCACUAUGAGAUAACCUGUGGGGUAGACCAGCAAUGUUGCGGAUAGCUACCAGAGGAGUGCAGCUCUUUCGCUCCCCCCAGACAUUUUCUACCCAAUGGCAAUACAUAUCCAAACACUGGGUAUAUACAUCUUCAACAUCAGGAACAUCUGUACUGCCAGUGUUUAGAAAAGCAUUACAGUACCAAGAUAAUGUAGCCCUGACUGAUGAGCACGGAGAACACACUUAUGGACACAUUCAUAAGUUAAGUGGUCACUUGGCAUGGCUGAUGCAGAAUGUACUUGGUGAAGACUCAGUGCAACAGCGUAUUGCUUUUCUCUGUCCAAAUGAUGUUUCAUAUGUCAUCACACAGUGGGCUACAUGGAUGGCUGGUCACAUUGCUGUGCCUCUCUGCCCUAAACAUCCAUCAUCAGAACUGGAGUAUUUUGUGCGAGACAGUGAGGCCUCCAUCAUUGUCACCACAUCAGACUUAACAAAUAAGAUCAAACCCAUUCUCUCUGGUCAACAGGUGAUAGUACUAGAAGAUUUCUUUUUCAAACCAUCAACCUCUGGUGAAGAUCAAGAUACUCCACUGGUAGAUUUAGGCAGCUCCUCAGGUGAUAAUACUACUCGGUUGAAGUAUGGCCGAGAUAACGAAUUUUACUCAGCCAGUGAUGCCUUAAUUAUCUACACAAGUGGCACUACUGGUCGUCCCAAAGGUGUGGUUCUGAGUCACAAGAAUGUGUUAUCCCAAAUGAGUUGCCUUCGUCAAGCUUGGGGCUGGACCUCUGGAGAUGCCAUCCUCCACUGCCUCCCUCUCCACCACGUUCACGGCAUUAUUAACGCACUCCUUUGUCCUCUCUAUGUUGGUGCCAGGGUAGUGAUGUUGCCACAGUUCUCGGCACCUGCUGUAUGGAGUCAGCUGCUCUCGCUUGACACUCCCGUCCAUUCACGUGUCAACCUCUUUAUGGCAGUGCCAACGAUGUAUGUCAAACUAAUUGAAGAACACAAGAAUAAAUUAAUAAAAAAUGCUCGAAUGCAGGAAUACGUAAAAUCUGUCUGUACGCAAAAUAUAAGACUUAUGGUUAGUGGUUCAGCUGCCUUACCGGAGCCAAUCUUUGAGCAGUGGCAGCAGAUCACCGGGCACACUCUCCUGGAACGUUACGGCAUGACUGAGAUUGGCAUGGCACUUUCUAAUCCCUUGAAGGGUACUCGUAAACCAGGAUUUGUUGGGAGCCCACUUCCAGGUGUUGAAGUGUGUAUUGCUAAAUUUGUACCAGGCAAUGACAAAUAUGAGGUGUUGUGUCAUGGAAAUAGCCAGGGAACUGAGGUUAUGUCUGAAGGAGAUACAGAGUCUGGAGAGUUAUUAGUACGUGGACCAAAUGUUUUCAAGGAAUACUGGAAGAAUUCUCAGGCAACGUUGAAGGAGUUUACUCAGGACGGUUGGUUUAAAACAGGUGACACAGCACAGUACACUGAUGGAGCAUACAAGAUUCUUGGACGUACUAGUGUUGACAUAAUAAAGAGCGGAGGUUUUAAGAUUUCUGCUCUUGAUGUAGAGCGUCACCUUCUGGCCCACCCUAAUAUUGUGGAUGUUGCUGUUGUAGGCAUCCCAGACAUCACCUGGGGCCAAAAAGUAGCAGCUGUAGUUGAAGUGUCCGGUGAUGAAAAUUUAGACCCGUUGGAGUUGAGAAAGUGGGGACAAGAACGAAUGCCUCACUACCAAGUUCCAUCUGUAAUAGUUAGUGUAACAAAUCCUCUACCACGAAACAACAUGGGAAAAGUUAACAAGAAGAACAUUUUGAAAGAAUUUUUCCCAGAAACAGCGAGUGUACCAUAGGGAUACUGUACAGUAUAUAAGGGUAACAAGUGCAAUUAUCUAGCAACAGAAAAUAUUGGAUGUAGCUGCUCUUGACGUCAUAAUGUUCUUUAUUGACAGAAAUGUGAACGGUGCUUUAAAUUUAGCAUUUGUGUUUUAUAAUUAUUUAAUUACCGGUAAUUUUAAUCAACGACCAAAUUUGCCAGAAUUUACAUUUUCUUCAAAUUUUGAUGCCUGUGUUUAUAGUGGUUUCCUUGUACUGCACUUGACAUUAUAAAAGCAAUCUCCAGGAACACCUGACAUGUUAAGUACAAAAGACUGGCAGAGUCUACAUGAUUCUAUGGCUGACCUACAGAAUGACUGGUAAAGCACCAGAGUAUAACCUUAUGGUAUCAUAGAAAUGCCUCUCAUGUUGGCUUUUAAAUCUACAAAAAGGAACUGAAAAUGAAGAAAAAAUUAAUCAUUACAAGAGAAGAAAAUAUGUUUGUCUGAUAAAUUAAUAAGAAUAUAAAGAAGAUUCAUUGAUUUGAGUUGAACACAAUUUGUAGUGCAAUAGGAAGAAAAUAAAUACUAUAUAUAUACAGUAGUACAGUAUAUACACACAAGGUGAUUCUCAAUUACAUGCAGUAAAUUGCUUGGUGUAUUCCUGGGACAGUUCUAAAGUACAAUGUCGAUAUCGAUAUAACAAAAUGUCGGAAUCUGCGUAGUUUGGUCACUACUGCUCUUGAAAGAGGUUGAGGUAAUGAGGACAGAGUGAGACAGCUGUAGGUGGUUGUGUCAUUUUAUCAACAUGACUCUACAGUGUUAUACAGUUGCAUUAUUACAGUAACUGUUCAAAAUUUACUGUAAUAAUGCAACUGUAUCACAUUGUGCUUUAGAACUGUCCCAAGAAUACACCCGGCAAUUUACUGCCUGUAUUUGAGAAUCACCUUGUGUAUACAGUUAUCCAUAAUAUUGGAAUGGAUUAGCUUCCUUGAAAACCAUUUGGAUCAAAUUUUCAGAUAGCAAAUGACAGAACAAAUGGGAAAAAUAAGGUCCAGUUCCCCAAUGACAAGAAAACCCGAAUAUUAUACAGGUACCAAAAAAAUAUGAACUCAAUGAUUGAACAGCAAAAACCUACCUAAGUACUGUAGUACAGGUACUGUAAUUUUGUACCUAACUACUGUAUGGUAAUUAUUAAACUAAAUAUAAUACUUAUGCAGUAAACUAUAUAGGAAUUUAUGCUGCAUAUAGAUACAUAGAUAAGAAACAUAAAUUCAGCUGUACUAUAAAUGUGCUGUGGAGUUGAUGGGAGAUGGAUCAUGAGGAGUCAACAUUAUGUACGGUAUAUAAAUUAGAUAUAUUUUAGUGAGAAUGAUAAAAGGGAAACACAGAAACAGUAAAUGAAUGGUGCUGGUUUUAGAAUUACUUUUUACAGAUUAUAUACAUAUGUACAGUACUGUAUACACAGUAUGUGUACACAUAUCAUACGUGCUACUUAUGUACAGUAAGUCCUCGCUUAACGUCGUGGUUCCGUUCCUGAAAACCGCAACGUUAACGGAAACAACGUCAACGAAAUCAAUUUUCCCCAUAAGAAAUAAAUAAAAUACGGGAGUUACGUUCCCCAGCCUCCCUUUGUCCCAUAAAAUACAUUACAUAUACAGAAAUUCAAUGGAACCUUUAUAGAAAAUAAUAUA